AUGAAAGGUCGCGCGCCUCUCCCGGUCCCCUCCGGUCCUCAAUCACUCCAGAACGGUCAUUCCCGCAAUCCCUCCGGCUUCGACAUGGCUGCCCGCAGUCCUCCCAAUCAAAGCAAUACCAAGCAUGUGCCUUGCAAAUUCUUCCGCCAGGGUGCUUGCCAGGCCGGGCCUGCAUGUCCCUUCCUUCACUCCACUGAUGCAGCAAUAGACUAUGCGCCUUGUAAAUAUUUCACCAAGGGUAACUGCAAAUUCGGAGCGAAGUGUGCGCUGGCGCAUAUUCUGCCCGACGGCCGACGUGUCAACCGCCCCAACCCAGGAAUGGGACUGGGUGGUGGUCACCUAAAUUUGGGUGGUCGUGUUAAUCCGCAAGCCUACGUGAAUCAGGAUUCUGCCUUGACCAACUCUGUUUUGUCGCAGCAGCGGAUGAACGGCCAUGAUCCAAGAUAUGCCCCUCAGCUUCCGCCCCAGUCACCACCACCGCAACCGUUGCCCUAUGAUGCGAUUCCUACUAUCGAUACUGGACUGACAUCCGACACUAAUUCCAAGUACGGGUCGCCUGUCGACGAUGUACGAUAUCCCAUGUCACCAAAUCACCGCCAUCUGACUGCACUGGAUGCUCCCCUUCCCGCGUCGUUUGACAGCCAAGGCAUUUCGCACGCGGCUCGGUAUGGCCCGGUUGCGGCUUCCAUGCCUUCGAAAUUCGGGUUAGAACUGUCGCCUCCAGCACAACGAAUGGGCGCACCAUCAGAUGCCCUUCGAACCCUUCGGGACACGGCUUACGGAUCCGAUCUCAGGAAAUCAUCUUUCAUUGGGUCAUCGCCCCCUACCCUACCAGAAGAUGGAAUGGGUCCCCGCUUCCUUCAUUCCCAACGCCCCAUCAAGACACGAAUGCUCUCGGCAAGUGUGCCACGACCCACCGCUCUGGAUGACUGGGACGAUAGCAAUUUUCCAAUGGAAGAAGACUAUCUGCCGAUCAACUUACACGACGAUGUUCUUACCCCGCAGGAGCGACUUCGGCGCCUCUCGCGCACCGAUCAUGAUCUGAGUUCGAGCCAUCGCGAGCUCAGCGGACUGGGCAUGACUGGCACCAGUUUUUCCAAAGUGGGCUCUCCCUUGGCUUCCAGCCCAUCCCGAUUCGGGGCUUUGUUUGCCAAGCAGCGGCAGAAGCGAGAGGAAGACGCCCAUGGUAGUGCGUCUCUGACACACAUUGGCUCACCUUUGCGGGAGUCUUCGUUGAAUCUAGGCACCAGCCCGAGCCUGGGCCCAAUCGGCAGCCGGCAGAUCUCUGGAGACAUCUCUCCGUUCGUGUCGAGUGCCCCUCGCCAACCGUCGAUGUCCAUGAUCUCUCAACAGCUCAGUGGCAUGUCUCUACACCCCGGUCCCCCUCGCCAUUCGGCAUCUGCAGGCCCUAGCAGCCGUCUGGAUCGUACCAUCUCAUCGCCGGUCAGUACCAGCAAGAUUGACGAAGAGCAAAGUGACUUGGUUUUCUCCAUGGAAGAAGAAGAGAACAACAAGCGAAACAGCAGUUCUUGGGAUUCUCACAAGGCGGAUUCAAAUGACGAUGAGCCGACUUCCACGAACAACCCAGAGUUCCAGCCUUAA